AUGCAGUCUGGUGGCCAUGGAGGUGGUCCCGGUGGCAUCAACAAUGCCAACGGCGGCCAGCCCCAUGCCACCGAGUACACUUUGCAAGGUGUCAUGCGCUUCCUCCAGACAGAGUGGCAUCGACACGAGCGCGACCGCAAUGCCUGGGAGAUUGAGAAGCAGGAGAUGAAAGGCCGCAUAGCCAACCUCGAAGGGGCAGCACGACGUGCAGACGCUACGCAGAAGGCGCUGAAGAAGUACGUCGCCAUACUCGAGGCCAAGGUGAAGGACCAGAGCGCCCAGCUCAAAGCUGCCGCCGAGGGGGACAAGGUCGAGGGUGAGCCGCCCAAGCCCAAGAAGCUGGACAGGGAAGCUCUGAUCCAGGCCAAGUUACGUUCAACCGAGAAGAACACGGGUGUCUCGAACGACCUGGGGGUAGAUGUGGAACGGGCCGACGAUGACGAGGCACAGCGAUCAGACCUCAAGACCUUCCUUGACCAGUGCCAGGCCGAAUUCACCUACCUUAUGAUCACGCCCGCCAACCCUAUACCACCACGAGAGUCGCCGCCGCUGCCGAUGCUGGAAGAUCUUCGGGAGAGCGAGGGGUACGGCCUACCCAGCUCACAGCCGCCAAUGGACCACCAUUCUUCUGCCGCUGCUCGCCAGGGCCAGAACCAUAUAGUCUUCAGGCCUGGGCAGCCGGUCGCCAACCAUGUGCAGCCUAUGCAGGGUCAGCCUCCUCCCAGCCAACUAGCCGUCAAGCAUCCCGAGAUCCAGCAGCCGCAGCCUACCGCAGCUCCCCAGGGUAUCAUGAGAUCAGCUGAUCCGCAGCAAGGCUUUGGAAAUACUGUUCAGUGGCCUGGUCCAUCAGUCUCUUCUCGAAUGGUCGACGAUAAUCCCCAGGAAGCAAAUCACAGCGUGAACCCUCUUACUCGGACCGAAGGCGGUGCCGAGGCCCCCAAGCAGGAAGGACCUGCUGACCAUGAUGCUUGGAAUUUUAAUGAGGGUUCUUUUCCUGACCCUGCACCGCAAUCCCAACCACCCGCUGGAUCGAAUCGCCCCGACACUGAUGUUUUCCCCACGGCCGAGGUCUUGCCCAAAUCCCCAGGGCGCGGACAGUUAGUGCACCGUCGAAAGGCUUCUCUAGGGAGACGGAGAAGUUCUGACCAGGAUAUGUCUCUGAAUUCUCUGGCGCAAAAGACGGAGAGUGGCAGCUUCAAGCUCCGGUACGGCCUGCGCGGCCAUCUGAAUGCGGUACGGUCAGUCAUCUUCUCUGGAGGCGGCAGCCCUGGCGAGCCAGAGAUCUGUACGGCCAGUGACGACGGCCUGAUCAAGCGCUUCCAUAUCCCACGGGGCAGCCCACACAUGUAUAGCAAUUCCCUGUCGGAUCUAGACGUCCAGGCUGAUUUCACCCAUCGUGGACACAACGGCGCGGUGCUCUGCUUGACGUCAUGGUCGCAAUCCCCCAACUUCACGACCGGCGGCCGGGCUCUGGGCGACGGCUGGAUAUUCUCGGGCGGGCAGGACUCAACUAUUCGUGUCUGGGAGCGCGGCAGGGUCGAUCCCAAGGCAACUCUGGACGGUCAUACCGAUGCAGUCUGGACCAUCUGCGUGCUCCCCGCCACACUUGGCGCUGUGUUUGGACAGAACAGUCCAUACGGUGCUGCUGACCGCAUCCUCCUUGCCUCUGGCGCCGCUGAUGGUACUGUUCGUAUCUGGUCUGUGAGCCAACCGCCUCAGAUGACGAGCCCACAGCCGCCGCCUGCCUCGACGGGACGGAGAGCUGGUGGCUCUGGACGCGUCCGAGGCAACAGCAUGAGCUCUGGGUCCGCGUUCCCCAGCAGCCCGCAGCCGACAAUGGCCUCCAACAGCCCGUUCGACCAUACUCUGGUCCACACCAUCUCGCGCGAGAACUCCAGCGCAUCACCGACAUGCAUCUCGGCGCUCAGCGCGUCUGGAGAGUCGUUUGUUGUGAGCUACUCAGAUGCUGCUAUUAUAGUAUACGAUACCCGGACAGGAGAGGAGAUUGGCAGCAUGGCGAGCCUCGAGACGUAUGACGGUACGAUCAACACAAGCGUAAACGCAGUCGUCGCAACCACUGUGGGGCUUGACCAGAGCCAACACCAGAACAACCACGGCGCACUCGGCCUAAGCGAGGACGACUCGAGUGCAGGCGGAGCGGGCCCGACGGGCGGUAGCAGGCAGAUGGCAGGCAGCGGUGUCGAGGGUACCAUCAUUUCUGGCCACGAGGACCGCUUCGUUCGGUUCUUCGACGCCAAUAGCGGCCAAUGCACCUACAACAUGCUCGCUCACCCAGCUGCCAUUUCAUCUCUAUCCCUGUCACCCGACGGACGCGAACUUGUCUCGGCAGGUCAUGAUGCCUCGCUCCGCUUCUGGUCUCUCGAGAAGCGCAGUUGCACGCAGGAGAUCACAUCGCACCGCGUCAUGCGCGGCGAGGGGGUGUGUGCCGUGGUCUGGAGUCAAGAUGGGCGAUGGGUUGUCAGCGGUGGCGGCGACGGUGUAGUGAAGGUAUUUGCCAGAUAGGAACUGGCCGAUACGAGCAGGUCGCCUUCACCUCCAACCCCACCGAAACAUGCCGAUACGGGGCUGAAGGGUUUGAUUGCAGCUGUGGACGGACUGGGGAUUUUCCCUAGCUAGAGGAAGAGGAGUAGAUGAUCCCCAGCCACAAAGAAAUAACAACCCACAAAUCAAAAGAAAACAAGGGCAGGGGAGGGAUAAGAAAACCCAAGGGUUCCUUAGCUUUCGGGAUAGAGCACGUGUCAUGAUACCGCUGUUG